CCGAAUCAACAGUAUCGUUAUCAAAUACUACAGUAGAUGUAACAAUGCGGACGAGUGCUGCAGUAUCAACAGCAACCGAAUCAACAGUAUUGUUAUCAAAUACUACAGUAGAUGUAACUAUGCGGACGUCUGCAUCAACGCAACCAGUUCCGGCUAUGUCAAAAGAAGUAAAAGGUUCAGAUAUUACCGCUGUAUACAUUACGGUUUUUGUUGUGGUCUGCAUUACUGCUGUAAUUGUAGUUAUCAUAUUUUUAUUUUGCCGCCAAAGGCUCAGGAAAUCUGUCCAAACUGUGUUGAAAAGAGGGAAAGGACUAAGCUUGUCAAUUACGAAUAAAGCAUAUGAAAACACCAUGAUGGAGAGACACUGUUCUUUGAUAAAUGUACGUAAAUCACGUGACAGCGGGUAUGCUGAAAUUCCUCUAGAUUUCCUACAUCCAGAUGAAACAUCAGGAAGUGUAUACCAGACUAUUGAUAGUCUGCCCGAGGAUCAAAUUAAAAGCAGCCAAACGUAUGGUCAUCUGAAACAGCAAACCACGAAGUUUAUUGAUCUGAACUACUCUCAUACCAAUGUAAACAAAAGCGCUGAGCAAUCAGUGACUGACACACUUUACGAUCACACUGACAAAGCUGACGUGUCAAACCAAUCAAAAGACAGUAACGAGGAUGGUGGCGCCACUUAUAACCGGUUGAACAUAACACCAUCGUCCAUGACCGUGAUAGAAGACCAAGAUAAAGCAGAUGACGAUACGGAACCUGAAUACGAUCAUGCUAAGGCUGGGGGUACUGACCAAGAAAACAAAGCUGAUACUUACUCACAUCUGAAUGGUUCCUCGCAAACCCCACAAACGUUUGCACAACAUGAGAAGCAUCAAUAUCACAUCAAAGACAACAGAACGAAACUGUCUGACAUCCAGCCGUAUGAGUUUGCGAAGGAACCUGAAAGUCCAGGGUAUGCGUUUGCAAAAGACGUUGAAAAUCAUAAUAGUGAGAGUACAAGUAUGAAUGUUACGGAUACAAGUUUAAAACAAGAGUACAGAGAACUAAAACAAGAAUGUAUUGGUAAUCAAGACUACGAAACGGCUGUAGGUAAUUCAAAUAUCUACUUCAUUUUAGAACCUCAAGAAGGAUCUGAAGGCAAUGAUGUAGUUGGCGAUUUUUCAUAUGAAAAGCAUGACACAACUGACAAUGCAGAGUCAGUCAACCAUCAAUAUUUCACAUUGGAGAAAACAGAUACAUAGACAUACACUGGAAACAUCUGGAUGGAAAAUGUUUCAGGAAAAUGAAUAACAGUGAAUGGCUUAUCAGUGACAUUUACAAAAAUACGUGUAAUGUCUACUUUUUCAUGUGCCACAAAUAUUUAUUGCAUUGCAAACCAUUGAUUUCAUACAAAUGUAACGAGAUAAGUACGUUCUUUAUAGUUAUGCCAAGUGUACAGCUGCUUGGGUUUUAUUUUUCAUUGCCUAACAUUUACACCACAAAUGCUUGCUGUGUUACGUCAAGACUGCUAAUAUAUUUAACUCAGUUGUAGCAAAAGCAUUGAUUAAAUUUAUCUUUUGCGGGA